GACAUGCGCAGUGCGGUAACAACACAUCACCACGGCAACCAUCUUUCACAGCCAAGUCCCCGGCAGCAUCAGUGGCGUGCGAUCACCUCCGCUUGGCCAUACAGACAUCCGCAGACCUCUAACCUAAGUCUGAGUUGCCUGGCCCGCCCGCAACAGUGCAGUCAUGGUGAAGCUGGGUACUAAUUUGUCUGAUAAGAUGGAGAAGCAGCCGUCUGCAGAUGAUGGCUUUGAUAACAUCCCCCUCAUCACACCCCUGGAGGUCAGCAAGCUCCAGCAGUCUUUUGCGGACAAGGUUAUUGUGAAGACGACGACUCAUUAUCAACUGCAACAAAAGAAAAAGAACAAGUUGUUCAUGCCCAGCACUGAGAGGCUAAACAUCAACUUCUAUAAAAAUGUGUCUGACAGAGUCAAGAUCACAGGCCUGAUCCUCAUCAUGUUGGCCUUUCUAACCAGCCUCCUCCUCCUGCUCAUGUACAAAGCCAUGUGGUACGACCGUCUGACCUGCCCACAGGGCUUCAUCCUUCAGCAGAGGCACUGCACUCCGGCCGCUCUGGAGAUAUUCUCCAGCGAGCAGCAGAAUCCGGAAGACAUCCAAGGCAGCACCAACUCUGGGCUGUAUGCCGCCCUCAGCCGCCUCAACCAGGUCAAGAGGACAGGCCCUGAGAUGCCAUCGCCGUGGUUGCCGGUCAUCAGAGCUCUGAAGGAGCCCGACCCCAUCAAACAUGACAGCCAGCCAGUCAAAGGUGAACAGGAGAGAGACGAGUGAUUAUUGGUGUGCUUUUUUUUUUCUCUCUCUCACCGGGCAGUCAGUGAUGCUAUAAAGCGUGCCAUAAUGAAAUUGUGUGUGUGCAUGUGCGUGGGAAUGCGCGUCUUAAAGUUUGUGGUCAGAGGCAAGAAUGUUAUUAAAAUGUUGGAAUCCGUCACUUGCGGUUUCACUGACUUAACUCGGUGCGCACCACAUGAAUUCACGAUGUAUCCAUAUUUUUGGUGUAUGUUGUCACGAUGGGAUGUUGAAAGUGACACAUUUUAAUGACACCUUUCAAUUUGCUGUUGUGUGACAUUUUUAAAAAAAAAUGUUCUGUCAUUAUGAAACUGAUGUUAAAUGAGAAAUGUGUGAGUGUCAGAACUGACUGUUAUGGCCCAUGCAAGAAUAAUUGUCAUUUGAUUACAAGUAUGCAAGUAAACGACAUAAAGAAUGUCUUGUUGUGAUUUUUAAAUAUAUGAAUGUAUCUGGAGUAGUUGCUUUAGUCUACAUUUUUAGUCAUUGAUUUUAUUCAAGCGUGCAACAUGUUUUUUAUUCAAACAUUUACAUCUUCCGUUACUUUACAACUAAUUGGACAUUCAUUUCCAAGGCUGAGGACACAUUGACAUUUAUACAUAUUUUUAUACAAGGUUUGAUGUCAGCUUCAUAUAAUUUUGGUGUCCUAAUGUGUCAUUACUGUCACUCUUUUCCCAGCUUUUUCUUUUUUUUUUUCUUCAAAUGGUGAUUCACUGGUUAUGUUUUUUGCAAAAAUGUGUUUGCGUGUGUAGGAGUGUAAGAUCACAGUACAGCUUGUCCUUACAUCACAAUCCAUCUGCCCGGAUCUCAGUGCAUGGACAUAAAAUAAAAAUGUAGAUUUUGUUCAUU